UGGGUGAGCGUUGUGAAAGCAUUCUUGACAGGCGCCUGUGAGGACAGCAUGACGCAGGGGUCCAUUGGGCGUCCCGGUUGCAUAGAAACGAAAACACGCAAACGCUUUAUGAAGCGGGCAGGCUUUUAAUAUCGGUGUUGUCUUGAAGAGGAUCUACAGCGCUCUGCUUGCGAUAGACAAACGUGACUCGAGAUUAAACAGACUCCGGCGUGUGGAUAAGUAGCUUUUGUUAAACAACAUCGUGUAAGUGUUAAUGCUACUACAGCUUGCGACGUUAGCCGAUUGGUAAUUAGCAGCCGCUGGAGGUGAAGAACGGUAACCGUAACCAUUCACGUCAGAGACUUUAAAAAGUAAAAUAAUCAAUUGCCUCAUCUGUGCCAUUCUGAGAUCCAUACAGCACCAGUGUUGUCGAUGUGUUGAGGACAGACGAGCCGGUGAAAUUGGCGAUCUCGAACCGAGCCACACGAUGUUAACCUCAGCUAACCGAUGGAAAGCUAACGUUAGCUUGCGCACAUUUCCGUAGUCAAAGGGAUGCUAGCGCUCUUUAUCUUGGAUCAAUAUCUCCAGGUGACCGUACUCGUCAUUUCCCUUAGCCGAGUGUUGACUUUCAUUAUCGCCCCAGGCAAAGGGAAAACUAGUUUAAAAAGAGAAUAACGUAAAAAUGGCGGACGACAUUGGCAGCAUCCCUGAACUGGACCAAAGGAAAUACGAUUCGGACGAACAGGUGAAGAUCAUCUGUCUGGGAGACAGCGCAGUUGGUAAAUCUAAGCUGAUGGAGAGGUUUCUCAUGAACGAAUAUCGUCCCCAGCAAAUGUCAACCUACGCGUUGACCCUCCACAAACACAAAGCCACUGUAGGAAACAAGACCGUAGAAGUCGAUUUCUGGGACACGGCUGGUCAGGAGAGAUUUCGGAGCAUGCAUCCCUCUUACUACCACAAAGCACACGCGUGCAUCAUGGUUUUUGAUGUUCAAAGGAAGGUAACGUAUAAGAAUCUGGCCUGCUGGUAUACGGAGCUAAGGGAGUUCAGACCGGAGAUUCCCUGUUGCGUGGUUGCUAACAAAAUUGACGCUGAUAUGAAGGUCACACAGAGAAGCUUUAACUUUGGGAAGAAGCAAGGAAUCCCAUUUUACUUUGUGUCAGCGGCUGAUGGGACUAAUGUUGUUAAGAUGUUCAGAGAGAUGAUCAAGAGAGCAGUGGACUACAAGCAAAACCCCAGCGAUUUCAUGGAUGAAGUAAUGCAAGAAUUGGAGAACUUUGACUUGGAGAAGAAAGAAGAUGAUCCUGAAGCAGAUGAGGACAGAUUGCAGGCCGAGCGCCCCGAGGCGGUCUGACGGAUGUUUACACACCUUUUCAAACCCUCCGGCUGUCGUCGUCGUCUCCUCAUGGGGUUGAUUCUCCACAGGCACAUUGUUGGUCCCGAUGGGCUGUUGGGGAUUGGCUUUUAUACCAUUGGUUUGCAGCUACCACGGGAGGUCAGAAGACUUUUAGUCAGGUUUUAAGUAACUGCCCUCCUUCUGUCCAAUGACUCAGAGAAAUGAGCCUGGUGGAAUAAAGGAAUUGUGUUGUUUACCAAGUUUCUAUACUAUUUUAGAGAUGUCAUUCAUACUUGCAAUAUCAGCUAUAGUAGAAAAUCCUACCAUGAGGCUGAAUGUGUUUUAUUUUGUGAUAAGAAUGUGAAGCAUUGAAGACUAACUCAAGCAGAUCAAAGAGAUUGUGUCAUUAUAAACCGUGUUUGCUGCUGUUCUCGAUGUUUGUUAGUUGUGUGCAAUGCCAGCGGGACUAGUGGCUACGUUUGUUGUAUUCAUUUUAGAAUUGUCUAUUUGUCAGCAACCUUUUAAAUGAAAAGAUAAUGUACCAUGUAACCAAAUUGUUAUCAAAUGUCUCUUUCUGACUUGCUGUGUGCAGAAGUAGGCACAGGAGCAGUAAAUAGUCAACUUCAGCGUAUUAUAGCAUACAUACGGGGGUAGACCUCCGCUGUAAUGUUUUAGCCUUGUGAAAUGCUCAGCCAGUCGUGUCCUACAUGAUGCUUUUUAGAAAGCCGUGUGUAUGUUCCUUCAUUUUGGAAGAAUGUCGCAUGUUAAGUUAUAUUAAACCAGUUUUAUGGCUGAAGGUGAUGUUCAA